GGUGGAGGAGUGGCAGCACCCGGCCAAGGAAGCCCAGGAUGACCUGGUAAAGACCAAGGAGGAGCUGCAGCUGGUGAUGACGGCGCCACCGCCCCCGCCGCCCCCUGUGUACGAGCCGGUGGCCUAUCACGUCCGCGAGAACCUGCAGGAGGAGGGCGCAGAGGACUCGGGCUACAGCGCCGAGCUGUCCAGCGAGGGCAUCCUGGACGACCGCCACGAGGAGAAGCGGGUCACCGAGGCCGAGAAGAACCUGCGCGUGCAGCAGCAGCUGAUGACUCUGUCCAGCGAGCUGUCCCAGGCCAGAGACGAGGCCAAGAGGACUCACAACGACAUCAUCCACAACGAGAACAUGAGGCAAGGCCGUGACAAGUACAAGACGCUGCGGCAGAUCCGGCAGGGCAACACCAAGCAGCGCAUCGACGAGUUCGAGGCCAUGUGAGGCCGCGGGACUGCAGGGCGGCCCGAGCCUGGGCCCCGCGGUCCCAUGCAGACUCUGAAACUCUAUUCGUAGUUCUCUAAUCUAGACCCUCCUCGUACCCAGUUCCUUUAAAGAGAGUAGCUGUUUCAGCGGGAAGAUUCCGGGGCUGGGACGGGAGGCUUCCCUGGUUACUUCCCAUUUGUAUCAUAGUGCCAAACGGCCUGAUUUUUACUGUUGUUAUUAUUGAAUCACUUCCUGUCUGUGCUGGGGGCAGGGCCGAUCGAAUCAAGGAAAAGGCCGCUGCACGCCUGAGGGGCAGCGCCGUGCUGGCGUGUGAGAGUCGUGUCGUUGCAGCACCCUCGGCGGCUCCAGUCCGUGCCAUAUUCCGUCUGUAUUUGAAAUUAGCCCAGAUUGAUUGAUUGUACUUGAUUUCUGUGAAGGAUGCAUCUCUGUAUUUAUGUUUUUGAGGCUUGAAAACUGGUCGAAAGCACUCACACAUGCACAGUGACUUCCUCGGGCAGCAGCGUCCUCGCUCAUUCCGGAUAAACAGCACAGGAGGACACACGCUUAGAUAAACUCCUGGUUUAACAGUUAGAGGCUCCAUGGUUGGGCUCACACACCUGAUUAAUGAUGAUCAGCUAUAGAAUAUAAUAUUUAUAUAUAAGCAAUAAUAUGGGUUUGUAACAUUAGUUAAAAAGGGAAAACCUUGUUCUGUAUAUUUUGUUACCUUUUACAGAAUAAUAAAGAACAUGAAAACCA